AUGUUUAUUUAUAUUAAAACUUCCCUUUUUGCUAUAUAUUUAUUUUUAAUAGUUGUUGUAUAUCUUAUGAACUUGUUAAUUGGAUUACUCAAUUAUGCAAUUGAAGAAGAUAAUAAUAGAGUCUCAUAUUUGAUGCAGAAGGCAGAGAUUUUGGCUGAGAUUGAGUUAUUUUACCUAUUACCACAUCAGAGACGUUGGCGAACAUGGUUUCCUGAAGUAAUACAUUAUUAUGCCGAUUUUGAUAAGACUCGAGGAGAAGUUCAAAGAUUGAUUAAAGAGGGUGAAUGGAAUACAAAGGAAUUCACAGAGAUGCGGAAUAUUUUAUUAAAAAAACUUGAAAUUGAACAUAAUCCUAUUGACAAUGAGGCAAUAUUGGAGAAAUUAAAAUCCCAUGAGAAAUUAUUGAAAGAAAAUAAUAAUGAAGAAUUAGAGAAAUUAUUGAAAGAAAUAUGUGCAAAAUGAUUUUAAUAUUAU